CUCGUCAGGGAGGAUUUAUUUUUGCCCUCCUUUUUUCAACCGCCGCUGCUGCUGCUGCUGCGGUGUCACAAGAAACAGCACGGAGGAAGUAGAAGCCAUAAGAUGAAGAAACGCUAUGUGGACGCGAACAGGCUUCGGAAAAUGAAAAAACUGAAAAUCACGGAGAGGCUGUCUGAGAGUGCGUACACCUUCCUGAAGUUUAUGGUGAUGUGGACGCUGGUGCUGCUGGCAGAUUUCCUCCUUGAAUUCAGGCUGGAGUACUUGUGGCCAUGCUGGCUGUUCUUUGGGAGUGUGUACACCACUUUCCACUGCCAUGGGCUGGUUAUUUGUGUUGUUUUUGUUUGUGCUGCCUUCACACUGGAUAUCUUUUGUUUAAUUUUUGUUCCUUUGCACUGGCUAUUUUUUGUGGCGAGCACCUACGUUUUAUUCAAUUAUAUAUGGCAUACAGAGAAGGGUAUCUGUAUAUCGACAGUGUCCCUCUGGAUUCUGCUUGUGUACACGGAGGCUUCGCUGCGACUCAAAGAUCUUAAUACCUCUCAUCCCAACCUAUCUCAUCUUUUUGCUGCACACUGUAUUGGAUAUCCUGUAGUUUAUCUGGGGUUUGAUGCCACCUGCUACUUCACCAACAUUUUUAAGCUGCGCAUUCAAAAAGCCGUUCAAACUGAGAAUGACUUCCACAUGCACCUUCUUCAGCACUCGCUCCCGCCAGGUUUGCAGGUUUACUCCAAGACCGGCACAGAUGGCAGCAGCAACUCCAAAUGGAAGCUCAAGCCUGAGUCGGGUCAGUACCAGUGUCAGAACGGUGCCGUGGUGGCCCAUGACGACACGCACACUCUGGAAUGCCUCCAGAUCCGUAGCGAGGAGAGAGCAGCAGAGAAGGCAUCACAAGAAGUGAGGUCAGCAGAAUCCAACCGGCGGCCAGUAUCUUCCAAACCUGGAGUGGUUGAGUCCAAAGACCAGCUUCACAGCGGGGCUGGACGAGCAGAAUCAUCUACCAGCCCAGACAGUCUACCUCAGGAGGAGCAAGGAAGUAAAGCCACACGGGUGACAAAGAGCUCCUCACCAAAAGCCCGCAGAGGCAGCCCAAACACACCUUCACCACCUACAGGAAGGACUGAGAAGAAACAGAAGUCCAGUUUGAAAACAGCCAGUCCCAACAGGGAUCCAGGGGACAAGAGUGCCACAGUGGCUCAGAACUUUCACAGUGAACAGAUAAGCAAGCUGGAGGCAGAGCUGCGGAGGCUGAAGGGCGAGCUGCAGACAAGUAGGCAGAGUGAACAGGAGCUGCGAAGUCACAUAUGCAACUUAACCAACAGCGAAAGGAGCCUGAGACCUGAGGUGUCCCUUCUCAGACAGUCCAACAUGCUCCUGCAGAGCAAGAUUCUGUGCUUGACUAAAACCAAGCAGAGGGACAAGCAGACCAGCGUGAUGCUGGAGAAAAAGACCAGAGCAGAGGCAGAGGCCAGACUCACUGCUGAGAAACAGUUGGCUGAGCUUCAGGCUCAGAAACUGGAGGAGUCGGCAAACACAGCACGGAGUCUGACAAACAGGCAGGAACACUGUGAAACCCAAAUGUUAAGGAAAAGAGUUAAAGAUCUAGAGACAGAGUACAAACAACUACAGCUGGAGUAUCAAGUGAAAGAGAGUCGUGUGGUAGAGCUAGAGAGAGAUGUUGAGGGUUUGGGAAAGUACCACUGUGUGGAGAAAGAGACAGACAUGCUGCUGUCCACUCUGUCAGCCAUGCAGGAGAAAGCGCAACAUCUGGAGUACAACCUGAGCGCUGAGACUCGCAUCAAGCUGGACCUCUUCUCUGCUCUGGGAGACGCCCGCAGACAGCUGGAAAUCGCUCAAGAUAAAGUGAAGAAGCAGGACAGGGAGAUCCGUGAGAUGAAGCAGAAAAUUGCGGAGGUGAUGGCAGUGAGCCCUGGCAUGUCCUACGUCGCUCCUCGGCCCCAGAUGCCUCAGUAUCUCACCAAGUUACUCAACUCUGAGCGCUACCUGGUGAAUCCACGAGCACUGAUGUAUCAGUGUCUGAAGAAAUGAAAGGACACCAUGGAGCUUUAAUGGAUCUUCAUCCCUCCUUGUCAGGACCAGAGGAGUUUAUUACAGAGCUAAACGACACAGUGAACCCACCUGCUUCCAGUCACAAGUGGAAACGCUGUGAGGCUCCACAAGUCAAAUGCCUUCUGCACUGUUGGUGCUACCUUGAUAUUGUUUUUGAUAUUUUGACUUUCCUCCCGCGUCAAAGCUCUAAGGGUUUCACUCUAAAGCGAGGUAUCUAUUAUGCGAAGCUACUUUUGGCAGAAUUGUAACCCAUGAUCAUUAAACACAAAGUCAGGAUACAGCAGAGAGAAGCACAACAUCAUUGCUUGUUCAUAUCCUGGAUAUUCAUGGCGCGAUGGUCUGAUGAUGUGGAUGAUUCUACUCAAGUGAAAUAGGGAUGGGAUGGGCGAUGGGAAGAAUUGAGAUAUACCGAGAGUAUAUUCCUCCCAUCUGUGGAAAAAGGAAAAAAUGACCAAUGUCUACACCUGUCAUUUGGUGUAACCAGAAAGUUCCCCGCUGCAGCUGUUCAGUAUUUGAUGAUCAGUAUAAACAGUUUGAAUCCAGGCAUGCAAGUGAAACUUAGCAUUUAACAUUAUAUAUGCGCUUUAUAGAGUUAUGCUUGCAAGACUGUAAAAGUGUAUUUAAACAAUUUCAGAGUUAUCUGCUACAUCAUUGAUUGGCUAAAUCCCUUUCUAAUCUAAUCUCAGUGAGAAAUUGGUAUGUUUUCAUAUCUUCAUUUUAGUUUCUUGCAUUAAAACAUACACACGCACAAAAAAAAAAAGAGCAAACGUGUCACCAUCGACAUCCAUCUUUUGGUCAAACACUCCAGUGUGCUGUAAGAGUGAGACAGCAUGUUGGAUUUCAGGACAACAAAACUGAAGCAGCUAUUCAAAGUUCAGCCAUAAUUAAUUGAUUUGUACACCUCUCGUAAUCUGAUGUAAACGUAGUAUUUGAGAUUUCAAACUGCAGCAGAUUUGGGUGUUUCAGUAUGACUAUGACAAGAUAAAAAAUAAUCUACUUAAUAUUCAAAGGUGAAAUCAGUUAAUUAAGUUCAUGACUUUUCAGUGAUGUUUGGAUAUGGAACGUCUGUACUGAUAAAUGUAACUGUCAAAACUAUUUUUCGAGGCGAGCGUGCAGCAAGAUGUUCUUGUCUGCCUGUCUUGUUUGUAAAUACAUAAUUAUUUGGAUUAUGCUGAAAUUCAGAAUAAGGUUUGUGGUUUCAACUAUUUUUUUUUUUUAAUUUUAAGAUGCUCUGUGUUUUGGAACAAAACCCUUCAGAGUUGAAAUAUUGUGAGUUGACAAAUGUCUGCUUCUGCACAUCUGUCUAGGAGAUCAGUUAAUUGGUGAACUGUUGUCAUGGUAACCUGAUAAAAUGAUGAGGUGCAGUAAAAAAGGGAUCUGCAACACUGUUUUCGACUGACAUUUUAAGCAGCUUUUCAACAGAAACGUGAAGAAUUGAACCAACGGUUGCCGCUUCGUCUUUAAGUUAAAUAACGAGGACUUGGUUUGAACCGAACACGAAUCAAGGGUUUAAUUACUGUGCCUAUAUGAAUUACUUUCAAACAGGGAAGUAAAACACUAUUUAACGUGAAAGAGUACUGUGUUUGAAUUGAAGUGCUAUGUACUGUUUUGUAGUUUUCGUUUCCUCUUUUCUUUUCUCACGUUGUACAGAAUUGAAAAUACCCAAACAGCUGAAAAACACUCAUGAAUGGGACGUGGCCAUUUUGGUAGCUUUUUAUUUACAGCGUGUUUUUAGGGUGUUUUAUAUGAAAGCUAUUUUUUAGUCUUGCUGUACUUCUAUUCAACUGCUGUAAUUUUGUACGGCAUCGUGUUUGUCAGCAUGAAUUGUGUUUUAUUCAACUGGUGUUUGAGCACACAUUGUGACUUCAUGUACAAGAAUAUACUUGUACAAGGGCUAUCAUUUCUAAAUCAUUUUGAACAAACAAAACUUAAUUCAAACAGUGAUCUUCUGAGGUUUAAGACUCCUGAUACACUAGGAUAUUUUCUAUGAAUUAUUUCAACUAUUGAAUUUGUCUGAUUUGUGUCUGUGCACACAUUAUUUCUCUUAACAGCGUUCCACAA